UUUACGAGAAGAAAAUACCUGUUAUUCGCCGGCGAGUUCUCGCUCUGAAGGAAUCAAUGCGGAAGUGUUUUACUCAAGAAAAAAACAAAAGUUCAGGUGUAAGACUCUGCUCCAUCUGCAGACGUCCAAAUCAUAUCCUUAAGGACUGCUUUUACAAAAAUAAAAAUACGAGAAGUGCUCCAUGUAAUGAAAAUAAUCAAAGGCGAAAUAGGCUACAUCAUGUCAAACAAUCAACAAAACAACGAAGUGUUAGUGAUAAUGUGUUUACUACAUAUCAUUAAGAAAGCCUAAGUGAUAAAAUAUGCUUGCUGGACAGUGGAGCUUCUUGUCACAUGACCAAAGACAGUAUAUGGUUUGAAGAAAUAAUCCCUGAAACAAAGGAUAUUUAUUUAUCAGGGUCUUGCACCUGAAAAUUCAGUCGGAUAUAAUCCUUGCUGUGUAUCAAAUUUCUUCAUUUCAAUGAAUGAAUAAAUGGUAAGUGCUGUAAAAUGGUAGUUUAUCAAAAAUUUGGAGUUAUUGGAACAACUUUAGUAUUUGCUGUUCUUCAGAAGUUGAAAUUCCAGCUUUUUCGACUUUUUAUAGUGUAUGACACUUGUCGGAGAACCAAUACAUGUGACAAUUCAACGGAUUUACUGAAUACCACAGACAUUUACUUCCAAGAUGAAAAUGUGUCAGAUUACAUAUUCAAGUGUUUAAUCGUGAACAACACAGUUUCAAUUUUUCCAUGCAUUUUCCUAGCAGCUUGGAGUGACAAACAUGGCAGGAAAGUUCUUUUAUCUCUUCCCUUCGUGGGAUCUAUCAUUGGGGAUAUUCUUAUGCUGGUUCUUUUAUAUGUCCCCAUUGCCUCUAAAAACAUGUUAUUGCUUUCGGAAGCUGUUCAUGGAUUUUGCGGUGGUACCGUCUUGAUUGGACUCGGUUGUUUGUGCUACCUCACUGACUCCACAGAUCAUCGCCUGCGUACAUGGUUCAUCGGACUACUCCUUGGAAUGAUAAACUUCUUACCAGUGAUUGAAAUGGCUUUUCAAUACUUCUUCAAUCCGAUAAAAAUUUCUCUUGAUUUCCGGACGCUCAUCCUAAUUGGCAUUUCCAUUCGAAUGUUUCUCACGGUGUACUUUUUAAUAUAUAUUAAAAUAUUCGUGGUGGAAUCAGUUUUUGUGUUGGGGAGUUACCAGGGAAAUCCUUGGGCAAAUCUUUUGACUCCGAUCAACGUAUCAGAUACUGUGAACUGUGUUUUUAAAAGAAGACUAGAUAAUAUGAGAUUUUUUAUUAUCGCUUUGUGUACAGUUUUCAUCUUUUACAGCUUCGUCUUGUACGGAAACAUUACAGUGUGGACUCAACAUUUUUGGAAAUUUUUUCAUAUGUCACUCAAAAACGUUAUGAUUUUCUCUGGUACUUAUGCUAGCUGUCAAACUCUCAUAUUGUGGAUCUCUAUCUAUUCAGCUCUAAAGUGCCGAGUUUUGGACAUAGAACUUGGCAUCUAUGGAACAGUUUCGCUUGCUGCAUCAUGCAUUACUUUAACUUUUAUAAGAAAUUGCUGGUUAGCUGUCAUGGGUGCUCUAAUAAGUAUUGCAUCUUUACUCAUUCCAACAUCUAUCCUAUCCGUCCUUUCGAAACUCAUCGAGCGUAAUGAAACGGGAAGCAUGUACGCUGGAAUUGGUUUUCUGAUGCUUGUGAGUCAAUUAAUGUCCAUUCCAUCCUAUCGAGCUUUGUAUGAAAUUUGUACAGAAGCGGGCAUACCGCAAGUAACGUUUCUCUUAUCUUUUGGAUUUGCAACUUUUGGAAUGCUCUUCUUCAUAUACUUAAAGAAACUUAUCGCCCCUGAUCUUCUUGGACAUCUAAAUGCAAGCGAAAGCUUAGCUCUCAUCUCCAGGAAAACUGAAUUCGAGCAACUAUUCCAAUAACUUUUCUCAUGACUCUACGAACAAUGCUGUGUUUUUGGUUAUUAAACUUUGUAACAAUUCUUUACUUUGAACUUUUAAGUUAUUGAACUUUUGUAAAGUCUGUAUUUGCUGAUAUUAUAUUUACUAUAUUACUAGAAGACCUUAUGUAUUGAAAUAAUUAAACUUAUUUUUUCUUUUGAUAAA